GCAGUCCAGUGGAAGUUUUCAGACUCUGAACUGAAUUGACCUGACCUGUGCGGUGAAAAGAAAUGGCUCUUUCCAGAUUUCAGAACAGGUUGACAAUGAAUGAUGGGAAUACCAUCCCGGUGCUGGGACUUGGUACUUAUGCACCUAAAGAUGUUGCCCAAAGAGAAAGUGAGAUGGCCAUAAAGGUGGCUAUUGAAGUGGGCUUCCGCCAUAUUGAUGGGGCUUUCCUAUAUGAAAAUGAAAAAGAAGUUGGUCGGGGAAUCCGAGCAAAGAUUGCAGAUGGGACCGUGACCAGAGAGGACAUAUUCUACACAGGGAAGCUUUGGAGUACGCACCACCGCCCUGAAUUGGUCAGGACUAGCUUGGAAGAGACCCUGAAGAGUCUUCAACUUGAUUACCUUGACCUCUAUAUUAUACAUUGGCCCGUCUCUCUUAAACCUAGCAAAGAUAAGUUACCAAUGGAUGAAAAUCACAAGAUUCUCUUUGAGUCUGUGGAUUUGCGGAGCACUUGGGAGGCCAUGGAGAAAUGUAAGGAUGCAGGCCUUGUGAAGUCCAUUGGAGUGUCCAACUUCAACCGCAAGCAAUUGGAGAUGAUCCUGAAUAAACCUGGUCUUAAAUAUAAACCUGUCUGCAACCAGGUUGAAUGCCACCCUUACCUGACCCAGAAGAAACUGUUAGAGUUCUGCAAGUCAAAUGAUAUCAUACUGGUAGCAUACAGUGCUUUGGGAUCCCAUAGAGAGCCUAUGUGGCUAGAUGAAAAGAGUCCCGUUCUCCUAGAUGACCCAAUAUUGGGAGACAUUGCCAAGAAGCACAAUAGGACCCCAGCCCAGGUUGCUCUCCGAUACCAGAUUCAGCGAGGUGUGGUAGUCUUGGCAAAGAGCUUCAAUGAAAAGCGGAUCAAAGAGAACUUUCAGGUGUUUGAUUUCCAGUUGACUCCAGAAGACAUGAAAGCCAUUGAUGGCCUUAACAAAAACUUUCGCUACCUGACCCUUUCUCAAUUCAAGGAUUGCGCCAGCUAUCCUUUUAAUGAUGAAUAUUGAAGUUCUGACUCAGAAGAUUUUGUGGCCCUGAGGCAUUGCAUUUUCUCUCAAAAGGAAUAGCUGUUCUGUUGAUAGUUCACUCAAAACCCAGAAGAACACUAGCCACUGUAAGCCUUGAGAUUGACAAAUAUUCAUAUCUGAGGUUAUCCCUAAGGCAAAAAUCUAUAAAUCUAGAAUCUGUCUAUAAUAAAGAAGAUGUAACUUCAA